GGGAAAAAGAGCAUUACGUAAUCCAUCAACAAAACCACGGCCUUGACGCUCAUGAUACACUGCUAAACCGUAGCCUGGAUUGUUCACAGCUCGUCGUAGUCGUUUAUCUGGCUGCUGCGCUCCGCAAUCGUCGCCGGGACGACCUGGGCACCCAGAACUGAGCCCACUAGCCGCGGUUCCGUUGUGAAAUCCACGUUCCUGGAGCGUCUUUGACCUCCGAAGCGCCCCUCAUGUCGUCCAAAUUAUUCCCUUAUUCUCAACCGACUCCAAUCCGGUCUGCGCUCUUUAAGAACCCACAAGACCCAGUGCCGCCUACGGAUGACUUGGAUGCACUGCAAAAUGAACUCAAGUCACUCCGGCAAAGGUGCAUGGAACGGGCAAAGAAGGCAGGAGAAGACCUUAAGACUCUCGAGGAAUCUAUGCGCCGCAUGAAGGAGAAAGUAAAGGGGAAAGCAAAGGCAAUGGAAAAGGUCAACCGGGAGCGCGGCUUCACUCCACACCGAGAGUCCCGUGCCCCUUCCAUAGUCUCGUCGCUUCCACCCUCCGGAAGAGCAUCAGUCGAUCCUCGGCGGUCAUUACAGGAGGAUUUGAAGAAGAAGAAAAAGAAGCGGAAAAGGGAGGACGAUAGCGACUUGGAAGAUUCCCUUCAGUCGACCAUUGGCCCUGAUUUUUCCGUCCCCCCAUCCGUUCAACUACUCCCACCUCGACCGCCGGUAGCCCCACCACCUGUUGCUGGGCCUAGUAAACCUACAGAAGUUAUGGAGGACUUCAGUAAGCUCAAGCAACCACCUCAAGUUCCAGUUAAUACUUUCUAUACGAGCAUCGAACCAUGGAUACGAGGCAUCAAGGAGGAAGACAUAGGCUUUCUCGAGUUCACAGGGGACGAAAUAGAACCCUACAUAAUUCCUAAACUCGGGCGACAUUACACCGAAGGCGAUAGUUCCGGCUCUCUACCGAAGUGGGAUCCUUCGACACUUUCGGAGCCAGAUUUAUUGACUGAGGAGCGAAGUCAUGGACCGUUGACGGAACGGUUGAUAAGCGCAUUGCUACCAAUGCCUGACGUUACUGUGUGGAAAGGUGUGAAGGCAGCAGAGGAGGCGAUGGAGGGCAGGCCAGGUGGUACUGGGGCCGCUGCAGCUAGACGCGAGAAAGUGAACGUCGCGGACUUGGAAGAACGGAUUCAAGACACGAUGCGAUUUCAUGGUUUGUUGCCGGAGCCGCCUAAUUACUCUGCAAGGGUUGACGAUCCAAUCGCAACAGCCCUUCGUCACGCGCAGCAGGAGCUUCGUGAAGUCGUCGCUAUGAACAAGGCUCGCCGAGAGCGACUCGUGGCGAUAGCCAAGGACCGUCUAGCAUAUCAAGAAUUUCUCGAUGCACGGGAUUCCCUUGAUAAGGUGAUCCUAGCUACCUAUACCAAGCUUCAGAAGAAGGAUGCUCCGAAACUGGGCAAGAAGAAGAAGAGGGGUCCUGAAUCGAACGGAAGUACGAGUACAGUUGAUAUCCCGAAACCUCCACCGUCGGCGCUUGGCCUUGGCCCAGACGACGACCUUUCAUUUAAAACUCGAGCGCAGUGGGUAUCCAGUGUGGGGAGCAUUUUCGAGGAAAAAGAGAGGGAAUGUCCGGGUCGAAUAUGGAAUCUACCGAAGAAGAGUAUAUACGAGGGGCUGGAAGAAGUCGUGAGGCAGUGAACUGGAGAAGUCACAACCGCCUAUAAUCGAGGGCAGUCAACGGACUACGUCGCAGAACCGUGGAGAUGAGAUGGACGUUGGAUGAUGCCCUAUAGUUAUUUGAUAGCAUGCUUCAUUAAUCUUAUUUUUUCAUGUUCAUGGUUCCUGCUACUUGCUCACUUCACUCUUCUUCGCAA